UCAUUUUUAUGGCGAAUAAACCUGUGUAAUAAUGAACGCAAUGUCCCUCUCCAUGCAGUUUGCCCUGGAGAGGACCUCCAAUCCACCUUGGUCCUGCCAAGUUUAAGUGGCAGCAGAUGCGCUUUUCCAACUUUAAGAUAAAAAAAAUUCAGCUCCUACUUUAAAGUAAAGCUCCUACCAUAUGUCAAUAGCCAAGUCUUUUUUUUUUUUUCUUGCCAGCACACCGGAAUAAGUAGCGACAUAAGUGUGGCUAGUGUAAGCUAGAAGUGACUGUGAUGAAGAACACAGUGAUCCCAUCACGAAACUGUCUGUGACCGCUUAGCCUUUCCAUCGUCCCGGGAGACAGGAGGAAAUGACAUUAUCUGUUCAGCGCCACUGUUCCUACCAGAGGAAAUAGAAUAGAAGCGUGGGUACUGCCAACAAGGUUGUUGAUGCCAGUUACAGUCAGCGCAGAUAGAAUUACUUGUGAAUCUGAGUAUUUAAGAAGAAUUGAUUACAUUUCCCACUCUAGCACCGACGAGUUGGCUUUUCUUUACUGAUGUGAGCUUUCACUCUCUUAGAUCAAUGUGUGUAUGAAAAUGCACUGUGUCCAUUAGUGUGUGUUUGCCAUCACACACACUCUAAACCCUCUUAUCCCUCCUCUGAGGGCACAGCUUAGUGUAAACAAAGGGAAGAGGCAGAGGGAAUUAUUGUCAAUCCGGGGGAGAUCUGCGAGUCAUUUACAAAACAUAAUUCAUUUCAAGCAUAUUAUCCCCACCAAAAAAAUAAUGGACUUAAACACUGCGACUGUUGACAGAUUAUGACACAUUGCAGUUCAUUAAAUACUAAUAAACGCUGGGGUGUCGCUGUCGUUUGGUCUACCAGCUUGAAGCUGUUGAUUGCCACUACCAUUUGGAGUUUAUUGUCAAGCUAACCAUAAAAGAAAGACUUACACGUUGUGUAUUAGAAACAACCAUGGCCUCAGUACAGUAUAUUGUAUGCAGAGCCUCAAACCCGACACGGGGUUGCAGUUUUUCCGUUGCAGCCCACCAGUAAAUGUGCGGUGCAGUGCUCGAUCUCUUGGUGUGUCGACUGUAUUUUUUUUUUAGUUGUCCAGUUCAGUUGCUCUUGGCCGUGUCGUUUGGUGUGUGGCAGGCCCUAAAGCUGUAAUGAACAUUACAUAAUAAUGUAUUUUAGACAAGGAGAAAAUAGCAUGUCGUUCCUACGCCAGGGCUAUAACCCUAUGUUCCGUUCUACUGGAAGUAACUGUACACAAUUCUAUGUUUGGAAGAGCAGCUUCCAUGUUAGUCAGAAGCCCUUGUGUACUGAAUUUCGUGCAUCUGCACUGACACUUGUUGACAAGCUUUUACAGUAUUUCCCAACAAGAAAAAGCAUGACAUUAACUUGACCGGGAUCCAUGGGAAUGUGAAUAGGUGUAGCUCGAAUCCGCAGCCUUUACCUUUACAAAUUCCACUGUUUCUCCUUUUUGUCUAAACAAGGCACUUGAAGAUUUCAAUGCGGAAAAGCACAUUUUAUAACAUUUGGUGCAUUGCUGUACAGUGGUGUGAAACAAUGUUAUUCCACUGGGUGUUGUUGAUCUUAAGUCGCUUCCUGAGUGAGGACGUUCGUGUACCACUUUGACCUUAUCAAGUGAUGGAUUACUGCAGACACACAACAGUGUCCUCUAGCUUAAGACCAGAGCUAGAACCAAAGAGAAGAAGUAUUAUAAACAUCGUUUCACAUUCGUAAACACGCCAUGUCCACAGUCUGUUUACAUUCAGAGCACUUUUAACCUAACUAAUAUGUUCUCUUUUCCCAUUUUGUCUUUCAUUUCCGGCUGGCCCUUCAUCCCCUCAUCAACAGUGAUGGCUUCCAAAGGCAAAGUCAGAGGCAUCAGCGGUCAGCAUCCCCUGGUUCAGAAUGUCACCGUGACAGAGGGCGGGACGGCCAACAUGACAUGUCGCGUGGAGUACAACGACAACACCUCCCUCCAGUGGUCGAACCCAGCACAGCAAACUCUCUUCUUUGGCGACAAGAAAGCUUUGAGAGACAACAGAAUCGAGCUGAUCCGUGCGUCGUGGUCAGAGUUGACCAUCAGCAUCCAUGAUGUCACGCUGUCAGAUGAGGGCAUGUACACCUGUUCUCUCUUUACCAUGCCCAUCAAAACAGCCAAAGCCUACCUGACAGUCCUCGGUGUGCCGGAGAAGCCCAAGAUCGAGGGCCUGUUGAAGCCCGCCUUGGAGGGCGACCACAUCACUCUGACCUGCAUGACUCAUGGCAGCAAGCCUGCUGCCGACUUGCGCUGGUUCAGAAAUGAAAAGGAGGUCAAAGGUGCCAAGGAGGUGAACGCCAGCGGGAAGACUUUUACAGUGCGCAGCUCGCUGCAGCUGCGCGUGGACAGAUGUGACGACGGAGUGGCAUAUACUUGCAGAGUGGACCACGAGGCGCUCACGCAGACGCCACAGCAGACCACCGAAGUGCUGGAGGUCCACUAUGCUCCUCGGGUGGAGAUCGUCCACUCUCUUGCGGUCCCUCAGGAGGGUCAAUACCUAAAACUGGACUGUGUGUCCCAAGGAAACCCUUCGCCAGAUCCUGUGAUGUGGACAAAAGAUGGCGUGGAACUUUCAGACCUGGGCAGGGUGAUUGUGGAGGGUCGGGAGCUCACAUUUACGUCACUGAACAAGACGGACAACGGCACCUACCGCUGUGAAGCCAGCAACCAUCUCGGAACCAGCAGCGCUGAAUAUGUACUCUAUGUGUAUGAAGAACCCACCACCCUGCCUCCAUCCACCACACCCCCCUUCCAUCCAAUCCCCCCAGAUUCCACUGCUCUAGUAGGCACCCACGCUUCAGACCCCACAGUCACUGGAAACAGAGAUCCCAACGCUGUGGGCCAUCACGGCACGGACCACGCUUUGAUCGGAGGAGUGGUGGCUGUGGUGGUCUUUGUCACCUUGUGUUUAAUCAUUGUUCUGGGAAGAUACCUGGCCAGGCAUAAAGGAACGUAUUUGACAAACGAGGCCAAAGGAGCGGAUGACGCGCCCGACGCCGACACGGCCAUCAUCAACGCCGAGGGCAACCACGCACACGCCGAAGAAAAGAAGGAGUACUUCAUCUAGACUGUAGAGGGUGCACCCUUUGCCAUCCGUCCCUCUGUCUUUUUUUUUAAUUAUUAUUAUUUUUUUUUUAUUUUUAUUAAUUUUUUUUUUGCCUGUCUCCAACCUGCGACCACUAGCGACAGAGGCGGCGCACAGACGGAGAGGAUCCCACGGUGUUCGCCCUCUUUUUGGCUUCAUCUUCAUCUUUGUCUUAAUCAUUCGGCGGCCGUUUUUCGCAGGCAUCGCUGCCAAAGUUCAUUUGUAUUUUUGCCCCUCGACCCUGGAAAUCUGGAAACCUACCAUGACUGCUAAGUUCGUACACCCCCAAGUCAGACACCUGAACACACCACCAUGAGCCCUGCCACUCCCUUAUGCUGACGCAUACCCCCCCACUCCUCACACACACAAACACAGACACACACACUCUCACAAACACUCACACAUAUAUCUCACAUCAACACGGUGCCUAAAAAUACAGUCGCCAUUGAACUCGUGUCAAUGCCUUCAUGUAUCAGUCAGUAGCAUUGUAAAUGCUUUUGUAGAUGGUCACUCGGACGGACUAUCAUCCCAUUGCUUAGCUCACAGCAUUGUGUUUUUGAAUUUUUUUUUAUUUCAAUGAUCAUCUGUGCUAUUUUGCGCCUUAUACAUAUCUACCACACUCAAUAUGGUACUUCUUAGAUGAUCCCUCCUUCUUUAAAUAGACUUGUAAUUAAAACGACGAGCGAUGUAAGAUAAGAAGAAGGCUUUGUGUGACACUCGUGUAGGAAGGUUGCUCAGAUACGUGUAUAGUUAGUAGAGCUGGGGUGUAGUGUGCAUUUGUUUAGAGCUGAGAAUACACACCAAAAAAUAUUUAGCAAACAAUGCUAGAUGAGACAUUUCAUUUAUCGAGAAUAAUAGGACGGCAUUUUCUAAAUCUGCUAUACUGAUCUACUUUUUGUGUAUAUUCCUGCACUCAUUGGCCUUUUUUAUUGUCCACAUGAUGGCUUCAGGUCGACUAGCUGUAUAAAUUGUAUUUAAGUUAGUAAAAGCUUUUAUGUCAUAAUGAGAAGAGAAAGAAGAAGAUCCACAGAAAUGUAAAAUUAGGAAAUGAGUCAAAAAGAGUGCAUUAGUUACAUUAUGUACAGGGAUUUUGUGAUGAAUGCAUUUCAUUUCUGUAAAUUCUGCUUUGAUGUGCACUUCAACUAGCAGAUGGAUUGUGAAGAAUUUUGUUUUUUAUGGAGAAUACAAAUUAACUUUUAAUAGGGAGAUGUAAAAAAAGUUAAGCAAACGUUCAAAAGUGAGUAUUUUACAUUAGCACGUGUCACUGUACAAGUAUGUAUUACACAAGAUGGCGCUCAGAAGGCGCAGGAACACUUGUAUUAAUGUGAAGUAUUUACAUUUGAAUCCCCCACAGAGAAGCACUCCAAAAAAAUGUCACCCAAAAAAAAAAUCAUAAUUCCCUUGUGUUACUUUACAACUCGGUUCUUGUGAGAACAGGCUCUCCAUUUAUAUAAUAUCUUGCAGUUAGCAAAGACCUCCUCACUUAAACGCUGUAUUAAGCAGUGUGUUGUUGGCAUGACGCUCACUCAGUGGAAAUCCACUUUUUCCCAAACGAUCAAACGUUAGGGGAAACAAAAAAGCAUAAGAUGGAGUCGUUGUGUUCCAUUGCAAACAACUCAUUUGCCUUGGGCGUGGUUCUUUUAUUCAAACCGACAGUGGAAAGAGGACAAAUCUUUGUUUCCAAAAUGUGAAAACAGAUGGGGGAAAAAAAAAACUAGCAUUUUUCUUUGAAUGGUUUUAAACUCCCUGCUGUGUAGUGUGUCUGCUAAAACGUGUUUGAUUGUGAAAAUUGCUAUUGAAUUCCAGCUCUCCUGUAAUCUUUUUGUAUAUUAGCAACUUUAUCUGUUUUGUUCAUUGUGUUUUUUUUGUUUUGUUUUUUUAAUAUACUUUGGCCAAUUUUUGCAUUUUGUUUUGGCACAAGGUAUAUAAAUAAUGUGUGGCAAACUAAAGUUGGUAAAAACACAUUGGCCUCUUUUUCCUAUUUUAAGAGAACAGGGAGGAUGUUUCAAAAUGUAACUUAAUAGUGGAUGUGGAAAUUUACCAGACAAUUAAUAGAUUUUUCUUUUUUAAACGUCUCUCUGAAUGUUCUGAAGUCCUGUCUCAAUGCCAGAGACGUAUUUAGCAGCGUAAGGAUGUAGCCCAACUUCCCAUCGCUGUUGUAUAGUUCGUGUUCAUUUGACCAGUGUUUUCCACCCUUCAUUAAGCCACGACAUAUUCGACAUGAGAAAAAUCUCAUGACACACCGCCAAACAAAUGUUAUAAAAAGUAAAAAUACUGCAAUAAUGACAAUCUUGUCUAAAUUUACUCACAAAUGUAGUGAUUAGUUGAACAAAAACCUAUUUUAGCGUUGUAUGAAUGGCGACACAGGUUAAUUGUGUCUUCUGCCAUCUAGUGGAAGAGCAUUUAAUUGUUCUGCCUGUCACUAUACAUUGGUGGAAUAGCUAGACGAACAAAAAUACAUUAUUUGUAAUAAAUUAAUGAUAGUUUUUAUGACCAAUUAAGUGAAAUUGAAUUAACACCGAAGCAACAGCGCCUCUUGCAGGCAAGUAGUGUACCCCAUUUUACCUCCAUUUCAUCAAAUUGACAACAGUUAAUCAAAAAUCGCGGCACGGUGGGCGACUGGUUAGAGUGUCAGCCUCACAGUUCUGAGGACCGGGGUUCAAUCCCCGGCCCCGCCUGUGUGGAGAUUGCAUGUUCUCCCCGUGCCUGGGUUUUCUCCGGGCACUCCGGUUUCCUGCCACAUCCCAAAAACAUGCGUGGUAGGUUAAUUGAAGGCUCUAAAUUGCCCGUAGGUGUGAAUGUGACUGCGAAUGGUUGUUUGUUUAUGUGUGCCCUGCGAUUGGCUGGCAACCAGUUCAGGGUGUACCCCGCCUCCUGCUCGAUGAUAGCUGGGAUAGGCUCCAGCACUCCCGUGACCCUUGUGAGGAUAGGCGGCUCAGAAAAUGGAUGGAUGGAUGGAUAAUCAAAAAUCAAUUCCACACAUUCGACAGAACUGAGUGAUCGACUGUUAUUCCCAUCUAUGGGUAUUGAACUCAUCAACAUAAUUACUUAAUUGAUUGAGAUGGCAACAAUUGAAAAACUUACAUCAAUAAUACAGCAAGUCAGCACCUGACUUAGUCACGUCGCCUAUUGUGUGAAAGACAUUGUGCAAACAGUUUAUUAAUCAAGCAAGAUGGAGGCAAUUGUUACCAAGGGCAAUGGAACAGUUAGCUCAGCUGUCUCCAAUUUGGUGACCAAUUUCCAGCAUUAUGCAAAUACGGUCAGAGUGAACUCAAACACUGUCGCGCCGUCUCCUUGAGUGGAACAUAACACUCACUUACAUUCUCAGCAACGCAGACAGCUGUGUGUGCUAGAUUAAUCAGUGAAGGCUAGGUUGGGUUAAGGAAAAGGUCAUUAUUCUGGUGCAGUUGUUAGUCGGAUUUAAAGCAGAAAAGAAAUCUGUUGUACCAAAAACUAUGAUCUCAAAAUGUUCUGAUAGCAUUUCAUACACUCACAAACAUCUUUAAACAUUGCUGUAUUCUUAAAAAUGCAGGACUGUGGAGUACAGGAAAUAUCUUACAGGAAAUCACCUAACCCCCUCCCCCCCAUUUUGUGCGUUAUUAGAGGCAACGACUAAAUAUUUUUCCUGAACAUUUUGGCCGAUUUCAAAAUGUACUAUAUCAGUUGUACAGGUUCCACACUACAUUAUUUACUGUAAAAACACUCAGCAGUCUAACAUUGUUUUUACGAGCGAGCACUGCACACAACUCUAAAAAAAAUAACACGUGUCCAGGCUGGUCCACCAAUAUUUGAGAUGAUUUAAGUCAGUAAGUGUUGUGAGGUUGCCUUGGCAACGCUAGUCUCAUUACCAUUCAGUGCAUCAUCAUUUUUAAAGAUCUUUUACAGUACAAUUACAGCAUACUGUGAACUGUUAUUGGCAAAUAAAAAGGCACAGUUGCGGGUUAAAGCCAAAGGCAGAGCCACAAAUCUCACUUCUUCACUGCCUUUCUGUCUAUUCAUCAACAUGAUACCACUUCCACGUGUGCAUCCAUUUGUUGCGUGUAAUGUUUUGGAGACGGGACAGGAUGAAGUGAGUCACAACUUGGGAAAUGUUCAAUAAAUCCGCUUUUAUCUUUGCCUGUCACCGCUGAGGCUUGUUGAUUUAAAAGUGUAAAGUGCUGUUUACAGGCUGUCCACUUCGCAUCCUCACUACAAUGUUGCUGUUCUUUAAACCAUGUGUGUGUGUGUAUGUGUGUGUGUGUGUGUGUGUGUACACGAUUCAUUUCAUUUUCAUUUUCUUUUUUUUUUUUUUAAUCACAAACACCGUCAGUGUUUUAUACAAAGAAUGGUCAAAAUGGAUGACAGUUUUGAAAAUGCCAUUUCACAACAAUGAAAGAUGGUUUUUUUUGUACUAAAUGAAAACAUGUAAUUAAAACAUAGCGUUAGCCUAAUAGCAUAAUUGCCUUAGUGAUACUCAAAGUGUGGUACUAUUACCACUAGUGGUAUGCGAAACAAUCACUCAAAUAAAUGUUCAAAUUGUGAAUAAUGUUACAGUGGUUUCAACUUUUUUUUUUUUUAAUCCAGUGCAGUACAUUGGUUGAGAGCAGUCAUUCAUGAAGUAGUUUUUAUUAUAUUUAAGUGCAGUGUUAAUGUUCAAACUGUGCAUAAUGCUUACAAUAAUAUAUACUAAUAAUAAACUAUAACUUUUUUGGAAUAAAACCUCUUGUUUUUGAUUAAUUAUUUUAACAUUUGUCAUGAUGUUGGUACUUUGAGAGUCAAGCAUUUUUUUUAGGUGUUACUUAGUUUAAAAAGUUUGAGAACCACUGGCCAAAGUCGUUUUUAACUUAAUGUAGCGAACAUUCCUGCAAAAAAAAAACAUUUCUUUAUGUAUUAAGAUUUUCUGUCAUCCAGGUCAUGGUAAUCCACAAAGGUUAAAUUGAGGCAACUGGACUCUUCUUGUGUAUUGAAUUAGUUUUUUUUUUUCAAAAAAUAUUCAAAAAUGGCAUAGGCAAAUAUGCUAUUAGGCUAAGGACAAGUCAGUGUCCCCUAAAGCAUUUUUUAUGGUUUUUGGGCUUCUGUCACAUGUAAAUAAUCAUUUCUGACAUGAUGAUGAUGAGGUAACUUUUUUUUUUUUUUUUUUUUUUACUCCUACUUGUCAUUUCAACAGGCUAACUCACUCUGAAUGAUGAGUUCAAGUGCAGCUGUAUGAGAUCUGGGGUCAGUUUAAUGAACUACUUUGUGGCUUUUUUAAACAAAGCUUUAACCCUCUUAACCCCUCGCUAUCUAAUGCAUCAUUUCCAUGAGUCAUCACUGGCCUUUUAUUUACCCGGGCAGCAUGAUGUUAUUGGAAAAAUACAAAGUUAUGCAAUCAUGCAGUCGUUCAAGCUCGAAGUUUUUUUUUGUUUGUUUGUUUUUUUAUCAAAAAUACUGUCGUUAUUAUAUGUAGUAACUCUGGCACAUAAAUACAUAUAUAGCUCUGAAAUCAUUGUCCAAAUUUGCUCCAUUCUGCAUUGUACAGCCGUCUCAUACAGUAUGGUGGUUUUGGACAAAUUUUUAUUUUGUUCUUAACUUUCGUUGUUUUAGUGACUUUAAUUUCAUGGUACUCGAAAAUCAUGACCCUCCGAUCACAACACAUGAAGUACAUUUGUUCUUUUUCUUUGUUAAAAAUAUUUUAUUACUGGUUGAGUUAUCAUUCAAGCUGUUUGUUUUGCAUCUCAGUAAUAUAUUGGUGUCAUUUUAAAAAUACUUUUUUGCACUUUUUAAACAUAGACCGAGUGGGCCCUCUGUUGUGCGAGGAAUAUCUCACUUACCGGUAACUUCAUUCUAUCCUCUCACUGCAAUGUUACAUCACCCAAAAGAAGACGUGAAAUGGAAAAAAAAAGUAUCAACUUUCUUCACUAUGUUGUUUAAAUCCAGCUGUUGCGAAGUGCACAUCUUUACGUCAUUAAGUGUGUAGUUGUGCUGCACUGUCACUCACUACGCUGCGAACACUAAAGGGCAGAAUUCCCGUGACAGACAUGUUUGUGCAGCUUCUUGGUGAAAUCAUAGGUUUUAUGAUUAUUCAUAUUCUAUUGAGCAGUCAUGAUGGUGUCCAUAGCACCGUGACCCAGGUGUGUUUUCUCCCAUUGUCUGUGGGAUUGAUUUAUUUAAUUUAGAGGUUCCUUCUCAUGUAUGAAAUUGAAUUGUUGAAUAAAUAGUUGCCAAAACUCCUGA